AUGUUUGCCAGAAACUGGAUGGCCUACGAGCAGAAACAAAGGUUCAUCUCCGUUCGUUCCUCGGGUCUGUUUCGUAGCCAGAAAAGAGACGGCUGGUCUGUCAUGCUCAGGAUUCCUGAAAAAAAGAACCGCAUGUCUCGAGAAUGGGGGCCGAUCUACCUCCGCUUGUUGCCUGGAGGUGUGCUACAGAUGUACUACGAGAAAGGGCUGGAGAAGCCUUACAAGGAGUUCCAGCUUCUCCCUCAGUGCAGGCUCUCGGAUCUUAAACUGGAAAACUACGGCGAGCCGCGCAACGUCCUUUCUGUGAAGGUGGAACAUUUCUCGUACACAGAAAAGAAACGCUACCAUCCCAAGCUGGAAGUUAGUCAUGAGGCGGAGGCAGAGGAGCUGCUCAAGUUCGGCUCCACAGUGCACGACGACAUGGAGGACCUGGUGGUCUAUGAAGAGGAAAUCUUCAAAUUGUGUAUACACCACCAGCAGAGGCGACACUACGAGGAGCAGGAGCUGUCCUUGCAGAUCACUGAUCACAUCUGGGUUCGACUGGAUAAGUUUGGAGAAGUCAUGGAGCGGACAGCCUUCACCCAGAUUCACUGCCUGGCUUUCCUGAACAGACUAGGGGAUUGUUUUCUCGCCCUUAACGAUCUGGGACUGCUGCGCUUUGACUCCAGCUACGGGUCUGAGGAGGACGGUGAACUCUGGAUGGAGAUCGCAGACUGCCAUUUCCACAAAUGUGUGAAUGAGACCGAGUUUGAGGUCGUCCGGCUGAUAAAGUUCUCACCUCCUGAGGCCUGCAGGGUGGAGUUGAUGCGGUAUAAGACGGAGAUGUUGGGUUGCACGGAAAUUCCUUUUUCCAUCAAAGCUGUCGUCACAGUUCAAGGUGCCUAUGUGGAGCUCCAGGCCUUUCUAAACAUGUCACCCACCUUCCUUUCCACAGUGGGGGGGUCUGACAUGAACCCACUGUGUGAGAAUGUAGUGAUCCGUGUGCCAGUUCCAGGCGACUGGGUCAAAGUGACACAGACAGUGGCCUUGCUGCGACAGAGAUCACUGAAGGGUAUGAACAGAAAAGCUUGCCUGGGCGCUGUCAGCACUUCAGAUUCACAGCCUGUCAUGCAGGUGACGAUCGGCACCGUCAAGUACGAGAAUGUAUAUUCAGCCGUCGUGUGGAGGAUCGACCGACUGCCUGCCAAGAAUACGGUAACGCAUUUCUGAGAGAUUAAAAUGUAG